GCAUAUGAUGCUGCUGAAUCUUCACAUUCUUCACUUUUUUUAAAAAUAAAUAAAUAAACAUGGACGACGCUGCGAUUAACAUCAAUGAAAUUGACGACGAUAAAAUUGAUAUUAAUAAUGAUAUUGAUAAACCACAUAACAAUAAACCUAUUACUAGAAUAGGUGUGUCACCAAAUGGAAAAUAUUACGUUACUUAUAGAGAAGACGGUAAUGGUUCAAUUAUCGGUUGGAAUAUUAAAAGUAUAGAUGAAAAUGAUGAACUUGGACCAGGAUUCAAAUUAAGUAAAUCAAGUACAUUUGGAUAUUUAUACCAAAUUUGUGUUUCUGAUUAUAAGGAACUUGCGUAUAUUAAUGAGUCCCGCAACAUAGAAAUUUACGAUAUGUUGAAUGGUGAACAAAAAAUUAAAUUAGAUUGUGGCCAUCUCUUUUCCAAAUAUGGUUAUUCUACCUUUAACUUAAAAGGUGAAUUUAUUUUAUACGAAAUGGAUGAUAAUAUUAUUUUUGUUUACUCCACACAAACUAAAAUUAACAAACGGAAGUGUAAAAAAUGGAAAUGUGAAAGAAUGUAUAAAAUACCGAAAAAUUUCGAGCUUAUUAGCAUAUCAAAAUAUGAUAAACUCUAUUUAUUUUCGAAUAAUUCAAUUUAUGUAUGGGACCUUGUUACUGAAAAAGGUACAAAAAUAUGUGGUUUUGACGAAGAGAUAAAAUAUACUUUUUACAGUGAGUCAAAUAUCAGAAUUUCUAGUAAUGAGGAGUUUAUUUGUAUAGGAAUCAACAAUAAAAUUAUUAUUUAUUCGAUUGAGUUAAAAAUUCUUAUUGCUUCUUUGGAUAUUAAUGAAGAUAUUCACCUACAUAAUUUUAGUCAUACCACUUUGAUCCCCUUAUUAAUUUCUUUAUUAAAUGGUAGUACUAUUAUGAAACAUUGUUGGAAUGAAUUUUUAGACCGUUUAAAAGGCAAAUCCCAAUUAUCAAUAGAAUAUCAGACUGAUGAAAGUUUCCCAGAUAAUUUUCAUGUUACAUCUGAAUAUGCAAUUAGAAUUCUAGAUGGGCAUGUUUGGAAGAUUAAACUUGAAGAAAUUUUAGUAAAAAUGAAUUUGACAUCCGGAAAUCCUGAUGAAAUUGUUGAAAGCUGGUACUUUAAUGAUGAAACGUAUGAAAAAUAUGAUCACUUAAAUUUUAACUUAUUGAAUUCACAUUUGGUUACUGUACGAGAAUUAUUUAAAGAUAAUAUAGAUAAGAGUAAAUUACACAUACAACAAGAAUGGCCUUCUAAUUUAAUUAAAUGGACAAUUUAUAUUAGGAACGGAACAUUCAGGCUGCAAGUUUUUAAAAAUAAUGGUGAUUUUAUUUGUGAAAAAGUUGAAAGUUGGGAUUAUAGCGCAAGUUUAAUUGAAAGUAAGCUACACAAUGACAGUGAUAUAAUUGUAUUGGCAACAAAUGGUCUUUAUAUUUAUCAUUUAGAUGAAAUUAACAAAUCUAUUUCUUUAAAUUACUAUUAUUAUAUGAAGACAAAAAAAUUAAAAAAUUACAUAAGAUUGUUUUCUGGUCCUACUUUACCUUUACCAAAUUAUGAAAGUUUCAAAUUGAAUGAUAAAUGGGUUUUACGUGUAAAAGAUAAUAAGGAAAGCCUUCUAAAAUAUGGCAUUGAAUUAUUAACAUUUGCAAUUGAAGAUCAUAGAUUAGACUUAAUAGAUGAUAUCUAUAAAAAAUGCAUAGAUUAUUUUAAAGAGGAUUUAAGGAAUAAUAGAAUGUUUUUAAGUAUUAUUACUUCUACAAUGCCAUUAUUAAAUGAAUAUUAUCCAGAAUAUAUUUCAAGAUAUUCAUCAGAAACUAUUAUGAUCAUAGAUUCUGCUUUAUAUAGUACAAAAUAUAUGAAUAACAAUUUACAUCUCCAUUCUUUUCAGUAUCUUCAAAUAGUUAAUUUAACCAAGUCAAUUUGGUAG